AUGGCAGUCCUUCGCACCCAGCUCACUGACAUGUUCAACAUCCCGCACCCCAUUCUGCUUGCGGGCAUGUUCGUGGCCUCUGGUCCCAAGCUCGCUGCGGCCGUGACCAACGCGGGCGGCAUCGGCGUCAUCGGCGGCCUCGCACUCAACCCCAAGCAGCUGCGCACCCAGAUUGCCGAGCUCAAGUCCUUCCUCAACGACAAGUCUGCUCCGUUCGGCGUCGACCUCGCUCUAGUUAAGGUUGGUGGCGGUGCCCGCGCCACCAACCACGAUUACACCCACGGCCACCUGGACGAGCUUUUGGACAUCAUCAUUAGCGAGAAGACUGCGCUUUUCGUCUGCGCCAUCGGCGUGUGCCCACCCGAAGUGGUAACCAAGCUGCACGCCGGCGGCGUAAAGGUUGCAAACAUGAUUGGGCACCCAAAGCACGUCGGGCCAGUUGUCAAGGCCGGCGUGGACAUUGUUGUCGCGCAGGGAGGCGAGGGAGGUGGCCACACGGGCGAUAUUCCUUUCUCGGUCCUCCUCCCAGCCGUCGUGGACGCCUGCGCAAACCUCAAGACCAAGAAGGGCAACCCGGUCUGUGUAGUCGCUGCCGGAGGGGUUAGCGAUGGCCGUUCCCUCGCCGCAGCCCUCAUGUACGGCGCCCAGGGAGUGUGGGUCGGCACUCGCUUCGUUGCAUCCGAAGAGGCCGCCGCCCCAAAGGCACACAAGCAGCAGAUCCUCGACGCAAAGGCGGGAGACACUACCCGUACUCUUAUCUACUCUGGCCGCCCCAUCCGCGUGCGCAACACCCCCUAUGUUGCCGAGUGGAACGAGCGCCGCGCAGACGAAAUCAAGGACCUUACCUCGCGCGGAAUCGUGCCACACUCGCACGAGAUUUCGAAGCACCCCGAACGCUCUAUCGAAGGUAAGAUGUGGUUAAUGGGAGAGGUAGCAGGAUCCAUCAAUCAGGUGCUGUCCGCCCAGCAGAUAGUCGACGAUAUGGUCGCGGGCGCGCGGAAGGCUAUACUCGACGGCGUAGCGGAUCUUAGCGGCGGCCAGGCGCGUCUUUGA